CUUGCGCGUCCAUUGCAAAAAAAAAAUUCCUGCACAGAGUUUUCGGUACAAAUUAACUACUUCGAAGCUCGUAAUGUAGGCGGAAAAAGCGUUUUGUGGAUACUGAGAUUAGUGUAAUAGAUUAGUGUUCAAUUUAAUCGCGUUGUCGUCCUUCAAGAUACUCAAUAGAUUUGAUCGCUUUGCGGUUUUUCUAAGUAUUCACAUUGGUAUUCGUUUUCCCCGCACCCAAGCCGCAUUUGCGACGCCGCUGGGAAAAUGUCGCUGGACGGAGCCAGGUUGCGCUAUGAGGACGAAAAUGGCAAAGUCGUGGUCCUGGCGGCCAAGGGACGCACCUUCCAGGUGGGCUCCUACUUCAACUGCGACCUGACUAUAGAGGAUCCGCAGGAGGAGCGGCUGCUUUGCGAGAUAAAGUGCGACGCAUUCGGCAGGGUCAACAUAUACAACAAGUCCAGCCAGGAGCCCAUCCACUUGAACGACCAGGUUUUCCAUUCUUGCAAUGGCAAGCGUCCCCUGCUCCACGGCUGUCGCAUCACCAUUCGGGACAAAGUCUACAUCUGGGAGUUCCCCAAGACGUCAGAGGCGCAGGAUGAACCAAGCACCCCAAAGAGCACCACAUCGACCGUCGAGCAGGCCUCGAACUCCUGCCCUGCGCCGAAGCAAUCGCAUCGUCUGCAGAUCGACAAACGCCUGACGGUUCACAACUUUCACUACAGCAUUAAUUCGGAUGACGAGGGAAAUACUUCCAUAGAAUCGCGCGAUCAGAACGAAUCCCUCUUGGAGGAAGACAGCCUUGAUUUCUCCACUCCAUCCAGUUCAAAUACAACAGCCUGUGAGACUCCCAAAGUGAAUCUGCUUGAAGCCACGCAAAACAAGGAGAACACGGCCACCCCGCCGGGCAGCCACCAGAAGCUGCUGCAAUUGUGCGCCCUCUCCGAUGUCGUCAUCACAUCGUUCUCGCCGCGCGAGACAGGCGUCAAGGUGGAGAAGUCUUUCACCUGUGUUCGCAAGCCGGUCAAAGCAGCUAAGACCGUCUCCACGCCAAAGAGCGUUUACAGCACUCCAAAAGGCGGCGUGCUUUCGGAACUAAACGAGGACAGUUGCAGUCGCGAUCUAAUGGACUUCUGCACGCCUUCCACUUCGAAGAAGGCCAAGCGGGCUUCGUCCAUGCAUCUGAUCGACUUGACCACACCCUCGAAGCUCCGACCUACGCCCAAGCAGACGCCCACGUCCAUCACCGUGGACAGCACGGACGAGUCGUCCGAUGCCUCUCCGCUGGUCAUUGAUAUAACCAACUCUGCCACGCCGCCCUCAUCAGGCCCUUUGCAUCGGAACAACACUCCCCGGCGCCCUGGUGGCACCACUGGCGCUACACCCAAACGAACGCCCCAGUCCCUGAUGAAACGGGCGUUGCUUACCAGCACCAAGAAACAGAUCACCGCCAACCAGACCGAUAAGACUACACCUGUGGCUAACGCCAAGCGGACAACACCGCCGGAGGCUCGUCGCCAGUGCCUAACCACUCCCCGACGUUUGCCUUUCCAUCCGGUUAGGCGGACACCAUUGCAGCGGCCGGAGGAAAAGGCAAGAGGCAAAGCACCCAAUACCUCGCCCCGCAAGCGAAAAACACUCUUGGAAAGUCCCAGGGAUAACAAAGUCUCCCAGCUCAGAAAGUCCUUUGCAGCGGCGAAGCGCAGUCCCGGCGUUGACAAGAGCAAUAAGCUCGUAGCCAAGGCACGGCGAUCGCUCAACUCGCCCAAGAGCGGAUCUCCUAAACCUGCAUCGCCAUGUCCAAGAAAAACGUUUAAUUUGCCACGGAACAAGUGCUCCACACCAGAGAAACUUGACGACUCAAAGGAUGAACUAAGCCGCACUUUCACUAUCAUGGAUGAAACCGAAGGAAGAGAACAGAGUGAGCGAGGAUCGGUAAUCGAAGCGGUGGCUGCCCUUAUAACUGGAGAUAUGGAGAAUGAUGUAUCCAUUAAGCUCGCACCCGAAGUAUUUGACAGCAAAAUUUCUUCUGUCGAAGAGCAAGUCAAAUCGAUUAGCCCAGCCAACGAAAAGACAAAUGAGUUACAAUCUGAAGUGGAAAAAGUAAAUUCUAAGAAAGAUGAUGUCAUACUCGAGAAUGAGCCAAAUGAUGUGGAAACUGCUCAUAUUGAGGAGUUAUCUAAAAGUCCGUCAGAUGCCAAUCUUCAAGACGAGGAGAAAAUCGAAACUUUGUCUAUUCAAGUCAAAGAAAAAACAGAACUAGCUAUUAUCGAGGAUAGCAUUUGUGACGAGGUUCAUGCAAAUAUUCCAAAGCAAACCAAUGCUGCUAAUCCUGAUAAAAUAUUUGAGGAUAACAUUUGCGAAGAGGUGCUAUUGGAGACUAAAUUGGGCGAUACAUCAACAAAAAGAAAAGAACAAACUGCAAAUGUAGAUACACCCUCGAUACGAAGAAGUUUACGCAAACUCUCUGUUGAUCAAAGAGCAGUGACCACAACGCCCCGGAGGAGCAGUCGGAGAUCCUCUGUGGACGCCAACAAGAAGGUGGUUUCGGAGGACAACAGUAAGCGCACACGCCGUGCUUCCUGUUCGGCGUUGGAAAGCCAAGAAGUGAGUACUCCACGACGCAAGCGUCGAUUUACACAGGAAAUGUCAACGCCAACGCGUCAAUCGAAACGACUAAUGAAUACACCCAAGCGGGAAAACCAAGUGGAUGAAUCUGUUGGCGACAUGGGCGUCAUUUUGGAGGAAGGUGGUCCAGUAGACGAAGAGAACUCUGCCAUCGCUGACGACGAGAAUUACGGCAACGAACUCAUCGUCGAUAAUACAGAUAAUGUGGAUUACCACGGCCUGAAGGAUCUACUAAAAACACCCAAAAACUGUAGCACGCCACGCUUCAAAGGAUUGAGGGAAAUGAUGCGCACGCCGAAGAAUCCCGCCUCACCAAUUUUGGGCAACUUAGCAGAGCUGUUAGAAACCUCUGCUGGUAGCACACCUUACCACAAAGGCAGGAGCAGCACAGCGGCUGACGUGGAGCAAGGAAAGACACUGGAGGGAAUUCUAAAGACACCCAGCGCCAGAAAUAUUAUGGUUCCAAUUGAGCCAGCUAGUGCGGUGUUGAAAUCACGCGAGGGUUCCUUGGCGGCGACCACGGAAUACGAUCUGAACAUGACGAAUACCACGUUGCAUCUGGACAAAAUCUUUGAUGACGUUCCUGAAACGACUGGGCCCAACAUGGAGGACACCGAAGCCGAGAUAAAUGUGACUGCUCUGAGCACAGCGACGGGUGUUGAUCCACUGGGUUCCUCAAAGCUGAACGAAUCCGUGCCAUCAGAGGCUUUAAUGACUGACUGUAAUACAGCUACAGGCGCUUCCUUUAAGGAUCCUUUGACCAGCACUACUUACAAGGCUUCGAUGCAGACCGACCACAACCUAAGCGCCUUUACAGAUACUGGCUCUAGGACCGCCUCGCCUAACCCAAACGAGAUGAGCGGCAUACAGUUGCUGGAUCAGACAUCGGACUCUAUGUUUUUCGAACCUCUUAUAGUGACGGGUGUGGAGUCAAGCGACGUCACUGUCGACGAGACGAGGGCUUCGAGUCAGACCAUCCCACCUGCGGAUAACAUUGAGGAUCGGUCAGACACAGAUUCGAACGUUGGUUUAACUGAGCCCCUUGUAUUCAGUGAUGACGAAGAAGAAUCAGAGAAGUCCGAAACGACUCCCAAAAAGCAUACCUGUUUCGGGGAAACAUCUACAGCCUACAAGCUUCAAGAAUCUGGCGAUUUGCGUGGCAACAAAUCUGUUACUGAGACAUCAGUUAAUGAUAAAAAGAUGGAUUCAGUUUCUGAAGUCUCUCUUAUUGAAGUGGAAGAUACCACAAUAGAAGGCAGUAGUAUUAGCGUAUCAAACCCAAUAGACGACGUAACUCAAGAUGAAAAAUCUCUUGUAAUCGAACUAGACAAAUUUAGGGAUAAGGGAGAACCAGGUCAAGAAAACAAUGAAUCUGCGGUCGUGGAAUUGACGAUCUUAGAGUCCGAGAUUUUUCCCCUGGACUCAACCGCAGGCUGUUCGGUCAUUUCUUCGAAUGUUUCUAACUGCAGUGAGGUGGACUUACCUAACGUUGAUUUGAAACCACUCGAUUCUAAGACGACAAAUCUUGGCGAUGUUAAAACUACGGAAGUUUCAAUUGAAGGAACUAAAGAGGAUGACGUUUCUCAUUUGGAUCUACCUCAAUCUGAACAUGAAAAGACCACUGAUGUAAAAACUGAUCAACCAGUCACAGAAAAAUUAUUUACCGAACGGGUUGCAAAAGAAUGCAAAGAUUUGUCUCUGGGAAAUACAGCUGAAACUAAUGAAUCAAAGUUAACUUCUGAAAAACGUCCAGGAGAAAAUAAACCUGAUGAGGGGGCUUGUGAUGCUGCAACCGAUCAACUAGUCAUUAAAACUUCACCUGUCCAUGAACAUCCAGAAGAACACAUAGAUGCAGACCAACCGAUCAUUGAAACAUCAAUUUCCGAAAAACAUUCAGAAAACACCCAAUCUGAUGAAGUGUCCACUGACGUAAUGACAGCACCUGCCGAUAAACUUCCGGAGAAAAGCCAGUCUUAUCUCCCUCUUGAAAAACAAACUAAUGCGGAAACCGAUCAACUAGUCAUCAAAACAACUCCACCAGCCGAAGAAUUUCCGGAGGAAAGCAAACCUGAAAAGACCACUGAUUCAGAAACCGAUCAACUGGUCAUCGAAACAUUACCUGCCGAUGAACUUCCAGAAGAAAGCACAUCUGAUCUACUUCUUGAAAAGAAACCUGAUGGAGAAAAUGAAUCGACACAUACCGAAGUACUUCUAGAAGAAAGUACCACUAGUGCAGCAGCUGGUGAUAGCGAAGUGCUUGGUCAAACACAAGAGCUACUUCCAAAAGAUGUAAUUCAAAAUUGUGGGUCAUGUCCCAUUGGCGAUACAAGCAUCAGUAAAGCUAUCGAUGAAGAUUCCGCUAUCGAUCGAAAUGAAUCUGUAGUUGAUUCUGCCGAAGAUUCUGGAGCCCUAAGCAAAUCGCAAGAAAAACAAGAAAAUUCAGCUAAGGAAGAAACUUCUAUUGACGAAACAGCAAAGUAUACAUCAUCUCCCAGCUCUACAGUUGAGAUCGAACACUCGGAAGUUGUGGAUUCGCCAGAAAACUCGACAGGAGUAGAUAAUGCAACUGCAACCAAAGGUGCUACCCCAACACCCAGAGACUUUAGUGUUACCGACAAAAAUAACGAUGACCAGCUGAAUGGAGCAACUGUGUCGGAUGCUGCCGAUCAAUCGUCUGAUAAACAGGAACAUCUAAAUGAAAAGGAUAAGGAUAUAAUCGAAGGAGUUCCAAAAGAUUCAAUUUCGGUCGAAACAUCCAGAAAUGUAAAUUCAACUGAAAAUCUUCAGGUCGGCAUCCAGGAGCCAUCAUCUCCUAAGUCUGAACCAGAUAGUAAAGCGUUUAAGUCAACUCCUCUGGAUAAAAAUGUUCCCAUUGAAGAAGAAGAGGAACCAUCAAAAGAAGUUAAGUCGGCACAGGAAGCUGAAAAAUCGUAUCAAAACCGACCUAAGGAGGAAAUUCACAUGGCUGAAUCGACUACAGAUUAUCAAACUUCAAAAGAUGAAUGUUCGCAAAUUGAUGAACGCAUUACUGAUCAGGCCAAUGAGGAUUCUAUUCUUGAAGAAGCAUGUGGUCAACCUAAAGUGCCCUCUGAUCAAGAAGAAACUGAUAGUGUGGUUGUUCAAUUGGAUGCAACGAAGAGCGUUUUUGAGCAAACUACAUUAAAUGAAUGUUCAUUAAUGGAAGAAGCCGGAGAAAAUCAGUCAAAUGAAGAUUCUUAUAUGGAGAAAUCAUCUGGAUCCGACAGAACAAACGGUGAUCAAGGGGAAGCUGAGAAAUGCGAACAAAAGGAGGCUCUAAACAAAACUGAAGACGAAGUGAUUUUGGAUGGAAGUUCUCUAACUGAAGUCUCCGCGUCUGAUCAACCCAAAGAUGUCUCUAUUCUAUCGGAACCUUCUUGUUUUGAAAAAACUAAGGAAGAUAAGGAGCUGAACAAAGAGGAAGUCAAGAAAUAUGGACCUGACGAUGAGGUGAUUCAGCUGGAUGCCUCUAGCAUUGUAAACCAAACUCCGCUUGAUGGAAGUUUACUAGCUUCUAAUCAAUUCAACGAAGAAUGUAUUCUGGAGGACAAACCAAAAAUGUCUGGGACUAUGAAUAAAGAGGAAGCUGAAAAAUGUGUGCCAAAAGAGUCACCAAACCAAAAUGGUCCUGACGAUGAGGUGAUUGAAUUAGAUACUUCGAGAGUAGUUGAGGAAUCUAUACUGGUUGAAAAUUCUUUAAUUGAAUGUUCCGUCACUGAGGAGCACAAUAAAGAUUUUACUUCAGUGGAAUCAUCUAAUUUCAACAAAACAAAGCCAAUUUCAGUCACGGAUCAAAAGGAAUCUGAGACUUCAACAGGUAAAUCCUAUACAGAUCACGGAGUUGAGGUAGUGGUGCAAAAUGUUGAAAUAAAAGAUAUCGAAAAGCCAGCAGAUUUGCACAAGUCUACUGAUACUGAAAGUCAUAAAGAAACUGAUGAGCAAUUGUCGUUUGUAAAAAAGUCCUCCGUGAACGAAUGUUAUCAAGAUGUCUUAUCUGUGACCGCCGAAGUUUCUACGUCUGCACCAGAAAUAGCGCUAAAUGUUUCCAAUUCCAAUAUCCAAGUUAUAAUUGCAGCACAAGCUGAUAAUUCCAAAAGAGCAGCGAAUUAUUUUGUACGCCAAACUGAAGGAGACGUACCUAGUGCAAAAGCUGAGGAGCAGGAAGCAUUAGUACAGGAAACCGAAAAAGAUGAAGGGGAAAUUAUUGGCGAACUCAAGGAAAUACCAAAAGCACAAGCACAGUCAGAUGACCAACAGAUAGAUGAAAAACUGUCCCUACAGAAGAAGAUUUCAGAAGUUAUACAAAGCGAAAAGUAUGAAGUCAUUGAUUUGGAUGAUUCCAGUUCUAGCGCACAAGGACAUGAAACAAUGCCACAAGAAGCUUUUGAAAACAAAGAAUCUGAUGCACCAAAAGCAAGAUCGGCUGCACUGCUAGAUACGGAGCCUCAGGUAUCAGAUAAGCUGGCGCAACCAAAGCUGGUAGAAGAAUUUGUCACUGCCGCUAAAAAGAAUGAUGAGAGAGUUACAACUUAUGACACCACUUUGAAUGAACUAAAGGAAGAAGGUGUUGCACCUCCUACACUCACAACUUUACAAAAAUAUGACGUCAUUGAUUUGGAUGAUUCCAGUUCUAGCGCACAAGGACCUGAAACAUCGUCGAUCGAAAAUAUUGAUGAAAUAGAAUUUGUUGCAUCAAAAGAAAGUACUUCUGCCUCAGUGGAACUGGCAACAGAGGAGCCCGAGGAGCCAAAUAAUCUAACUGAUCCAGCGUUUGCAAAAGAGUCUGUCACUUUCACAACAUCUAAAGACAAUUUGGGUAAUCUUCAGAAAAACGACUUUGCACCUUCCGAACCUAGAACAAAACCAAUAAUCAUUGAUGACAAAGUUGCACUUACCGAACAAUUAGAUGUAAUUGAUUUAGAUGAUUCCAGUUCUAGCGCCCAAGGACCUGAAACAAGGCCAAUCGAAGCCAUUAAAGAAAAAGAAUCUUUUGCAUCAAAUACAAGUACUUCAACUGGAGUGCCAACAGAGAAGCCUCAGGGAUCACAACAGGUGGCUAAACCACUGCUUGCAGAAGAGUUUGUUACAGUCACUGCCACUGAUCCAGUGCCAGCAAAAGAGUCUGUCACUAUGACUUCCGCUAAAAAGAUUGAAGUAAAAGCAACAACAUCUGAAGACCAUUUCGAUAAUAUUGAGAAAACCGAUUUUGCACCUUCCGAACCUAAAACAAAAACAAUAAUCACUGAUGAAAAAGUUGCACUUACCGAACAAUUGGAUGUAAUUGAUUUAGAUGAUUCCAGUUCUAGCGCCCAAGGACCUGAAACAACGCCAAUCGAAGACAUCAAAGAAAAAGAAUCUUUUGCAUCAAAUGCACAUACUUCAACUGGACAACUGCCAACAGAGAAUCCUCAGGUAUCAGAACAGGUGGCUAAGCCAGUGCUAGCAGAAGAGUUUAAUACAGUCACUGCCACUAAAAACAGUGAUCUGACUGAUCCAGCGCCUGCAAAAGAGUCUGACACUUUGACUUCCGCUAAAAGGAUUGCAGUAAAAGCAACAACAUCUGAAGACCAUUUCGAUAAUAUUGAGAAAGACAACUUUGCAGCCUUCGAACCUAAAACAAAACCAAUAAUCACUGAUGAAAAAGUUGCACUUACCGAAAAAUUGGAUGUAAUUGACUUAGAUGAUUCUAGUUCUAGCGCCCAAGGAGCUGAAACAAAGCCAAUCGAAGCCAUUAAAGAAAAAGAAUCUGAACUGCCAAUAGAGAAGCCCCAGGUAUCAAAACAGGUAGCUAAACCAGUGCUUGCAGAAGAGUUUGUUACAGUCACUGCCACUAAAGAGAGUGAUGAAAUAUUAACAUCUUCUGAAGCCACUUUGGAUACUCUUGAGGAAGACGGCAAUGCUGCAGAAACUGAAACAGUGCCGCCCAAAGACAUCGAUGAAGAAGUUGCACUUACUGAAAAAUAUGAUAUCAUCGAUUUGGAUGAUUCCAGUUCCAGCGCACAAGCACCUGAAACAAAGCCACUCGACACCGUUGAUAAAAAAGAAUUUGUUGCAUCAAACUCGAAUACUUUUGUUAAUGUUUCAGUUGCACUGCCAACAGAGGAGCCUCAAGCAUCAGAUGAGCUGGCUAAUGCAGCGCCUGUAGCAGAGAGUAAAAGGAGAAUAAAAACUUCUGAGGGCACUUUAGAUAACCUUAAAAAAGAACGCAUUGCAUCUCCUGAACCAGAUACUGUUCAAGAAAUACAAGACCAAGAAAAACUUGAUAAGCCAGUGGUUGACGAUCACACUGCAGAAGAGUUAUCAGCUCAAUCAAAAUCGGAACAUGGAAAUAUUAAUCUUAUUUCAGAAACGGCAAAUUAUGCAGUCCUGCUUACACAGGAAGCUCUAUCCUCAAAUGAUAAUGCUGAGCAAAGCCAAAUCAAUACUGAGAAAAAAUCAAGUGAGGAGCUUGAUCAUAGUACUUCAACCGGUUUAAAUACAGGAAAUAAAGACAACAUCUUAAAAAUUUCAAACCCAUCCAUAUCAAGUGAUAAAACGAAUGUGCCUCGACAAGUUCGCAAGCCAUUGAACGACGAAGUUAUAUCUUCGGAUGAAAGUGAGGCAAGGCCAGCAAAACGAGCGACUAGAAAGGGAUCGGCUUCCUCUGAUAGACCUGCAGAAGCUACCGGAUCUGAAAGGAUGAAGAGGAGGGCGCGAAAACCAUCUGCUGAAGUUGAAGACCAUGAAAAGGAUAAUAAGCAAGAAGAUUAUGUCCACCUUAAGACUAGGGGACGAGCUAGAAAGCCUUCAUCGGAAGUAGAUGAGUCCCAGGGAGACGAUAAAACCGAAAAGAGAGAAGGACGAGGACAUACUCCAUCAGCAGAAGCUUCUGAGCUGAUCCAAAAAGAGGAAAAUGUUGAAGAGCAUAAAGCGGAAGAAAACCUGGAACCGAUCUUUGAAGAAGGCGAGCCAGAAGUUGAGAGGGAAGAGUCAACAGAAGGUGAGGAUAACAACAAGAAGGAGCCAACCAAUGAAAAAACAAAAAAGCGUGGGAGGAAACCAUUAGCAAAAGAGCCAGAUGCCACAAUGGGCAAGAAAGUAAACACUGGAGAUGUUCUGGAAGGCGUCCAUGAAUUUGAAAAUCCGCAUGAAGAUCUAUCGGAUCAAGCAGAACAACAGGAACAUCCAAAGCCUGUACCAGUUGUGUCACCGAAUGUGUUAAUGAAGGAAGAGGAUGAUCCCAACCAGAAGGCGACCACCAUAGAAAAUUCUAAAAGGCGAGGAAGAAAGGCAUCUGCAAAAGAAACAGAUACCACGUCAGGCAAAAAAGGAAAGACUGAACAUGUUCUAGAGUCGGUCAAUGAAGAUGGUACUUCGCAUUCCAAUCGAGAACGAGAACCUGUGCCAGUAUUAUCGCCUGCAUCCAAUGAGGAGGAGGAAGCAAAGUCGGAAGUUAAGAGCAAGCAAGACCCAAGGGAAGACGAAAAUAUAAAUCAAAAGAAUCCUAUCAUAGAAAAGCCUAAAAGACGGGGCCGGAAACCAUCGGCCAAAGAAACGGUAACGUCAUUGGACAGGAAUGAAAAAGCUAAAGACAACCUGAAAACCGCCAAUCAAUAUCAUUUGGAUGACUCUGUACAAGAGGAGCCUCAAGAGCCUAUGCCAGUCGAGGCUUUAAAUUUAUUUAAGGAAGAUCAGGAAACGAAGACAGAAGUUGGUCCUAAUGCUUAUCCAGAAAAGCCAAGUAGGAGGGCCCGCAAGGCCUCAGAAGAUGUAAGCAUAGUACCCGACAAGAAGCACAAAUCAGAAGAACUGCCUUCUAUUGAAAAGCACAAUAAUAAGUCCAAGGAGUCAGUUAAAGAAGACCUUACAGAAGUUCGCGUGGAGAGAUCGAAGCGCAGAGGACGUAAACCAUCAGCAGAGGAGGUGAAAGCCACCGGAAGUAAUCAGCAGAAUGAUGGCAUAGAGGAGAUCAAAGUGGAUGAUGCGAUUGCCUCUAUUCAAGAGGAAAAUAAGCUCCAUUCGGGAGCACGGAAAUCAGCUGAAUUUAUUCCCGCAAAUGUCCAGGAGCCGGUUAAGGAAGACCACAUUGAAAGACCCAAGCGUCGGGGACGGAAGCCUUCAGUGGAUAUUGAUAAUGUAGCUCAGCAGAAUCACCAGACUGAUGACGUAGAGGAGAUCAAAGUGGAGAAUGCGCUUACCUCUAUUCAAGAGGAAAAUAAGCCCCAUUCGCGAGCACGAAAAUCAGAUGAAUUUAUUCCCGCAAAUGUCCAGGAGCCGGCUAAGGAAGACCACAUUGAAAGACCUAAGCGUCGAGGACGCAAGCCUUCAGUGGAUAUUGAUCAUGUAGCUCGAGAAGUUGUGGAAAAACCCAAACGAAGGGGUAGGACACCAGCAGAGCACGAGAAGCAACUGAAUGAGGACGAAAAGCAGGAGCCGGCGUUGCAAAUUGUGGAGCCUGAGAAAAAAACCAGGCGCAAUACACGCAAAGCUUCCGCUGAAACUGCUGAAGCCGUUCCGACAAGCGGUGAAGAUCAUCUUCAACAAAUCAAAGAGGCAACUGAGCCGGGUUCAGAAUCAGAGCCGACACCAACUAAAACAAAGGAGAAGGAGGAGCACAAAACCCGGCGUCGCGGUCAUAAGCCAACGGCGGAGACGAUUGAGGAACCGAUAAAAAAGAACUCGCCCGAAAUCCCAUCUCACUCACGCAGGCGUGGACGAAAGACUUCCGAAGAUGAGACCCUAACAACCGCAGAUAUUGCUGAACCGAAGACAAAACUUCGUGGAGGCAGGGUGUCCUUAGAUCAGGAGAAGGAGGAAAUCCAAUUAGAAGUCGUAGAACUGCCACCGGCGAAAACAACACGGCGCGGUCGGAAGCCAAGCGCAGAUGUGGCAACCCCAGAGAAGAAACCUCCCUCAAGACGCGUCCGAAACGCCUCAGCGAAUAUCGACGAAGGGACGCCAGUGGCCAAAAAGACGACUAACCGACGUGGUCGAAAAGAAGAUGCGCUUGAUGAAGAGCCCAUAAAUCAGAUUGAUUUACAGGAUCUCCCAACGGACAGUGUGCCGGCAACGGUGGUCACAUCGAGCUCUCCGGCCAAGACUAGCGAUGGAGAAGAACUUACGCCUCGGCGCCGCGAGGGCCGCAACCUGCCGCGUAAAAACUACGAAGAGGCACCAGACGACGAGAAGCCGCACUCCGCCUCGCGACGGGCACGCAAGCCAGCGGCCAGCAAGGGAUUGGCCAACACGGCGCCAGAGCCAGAUGCACUUACAGCUACACCCGUAUCCAAACAACCACCCAUCGAGGAAGAUGUCACUCCGGCCAACACGGGUGCCAUGCCGGAGCCCACGACUUCUCAGCGACGCGAGGGACGCAACCUGCCGCGCAAGAACUACACGGAGGCGCCGGACGACGACAAGCCCACAACGGCUCGCGGUCGCAGAGUGCGCAAUCUGACUGCGAAGGCCCUGGAGUUGAUUGUGGACUCCUCGCCGCGUCCGGCGACUCCAAAGAGACCCAAGGGCAAGGCGAUCGAGGAUGAGGGCGCCCCCGCAAAGGCUACACAAGAAAUUCUACCAGCAGCAGAGGGGACUACGCCGGAAGAUGAACCGGUGCCCGCUGCCAAAGGUCGUGGUACACGUCGUAAAGCAGACGAAGUCGGCGAUGUAUUGGCGCCAGCCAGUAAGCGAGGAGGUCGCGGAAAUCAUAGUGGGACGGAUGAGUCAGACCAGAAGCCGGCAAAAAAGAAUGUACGCGCAACGGCACGCAAAGCUAAAGUCGAGACUGACCCGGAGGAACAUCCGCCCACCAAAAAGGCGCGAGGCGGAGCACGUGCCAAAACACCUGUGGCAGUAACAGAGGAGUCUGCCUCUAACCAGGAGGGGGAGCCACUCAAGAAACCCGCUGCUCGCAGCAGAGCACGAGGCGCGAAGGCAGCAGAGCCCGAGCAGCCCCACCAGGAUUCCCAAGUCGAAGUCGCCGCCUCCACAUCCGCGACGACAGUGCGCGGUGGGCGAGGCAGAAAGGUGCACUUCGAAGCAGCGCCGGAGGUAUCUACCAGUGAGGAUGCGCCCAAGCGGGCAACUCGAUCCCGCCGGAAGUAAAACCUAUAUUUUUUAUUCACAAUCUUGCACCACUUUGUAUAAUUUUUUGAUUAUUUUAUAAUGUUUACCUAUCAAUUUACGUUACUAACUUCUGUAUAAAAAAUUUGCAUUUAUAAUUUAAUCAUGGAACAAUAUUAUAUUCUAUUGUUAAUCCCCACAUUUCGGUGGGAUAUGAAAGGGAUGGCUCCCCUCGCUCAAAAAUCCUUAAUAGAUUUAAGGCAUUACACAUUAUUAAUACAUAUACAUAGUUUACCUGUAAGACACUAUCAAAAACCCCCAAAAAUAAUAAAGAUUCGUAAACCUUA